AUGAGAAUGCAUCUGAACCUGAUAACUUAACAACUACUGAUCUCAAUCAAGAUAACACAACAACCACUGAUUCUACCUUCAUUCUAAAAGAUAAUGUUUCUUCAUUAUUAAAAAAUUGUCUUCGUUUCUCCGUUCGAAAAUCUAAUAAUAUUGAAAACAUAUCUAAAAUGGUUGAACAUAGUGCACAAGAUUCUGGUAAUUCAAAUGAUUUUUAG